AUGACACUCACCCAGACCACCCCAAACGCAAACAUCGCAAUCAUCCAACUGCGCGCGGCCUCCCCCGCCGCCAAGCUCGAGACCAUCGCCCGCGUCCGCGAGCUCGUCGCGCAGGCCGUGGGCCAGUCCCACGCGGCCGGAGCGCCCGUCGACCUCGUCAUCCUCCCCGAGCUGUGGAACGGCCUCGCGGACCCCGACGAGAGCAUCACGCACGACGAGGUGAUCCCCGAGGUCGGGGCGAGGGUCGGGGAUAUUCCGGCUAAGAGCGUCAGCGUGCGCGCGUUGGCGGAGAUUGCGGCGCAGCACAAUAUUUGGCUCGUUGGCGGCACGAUCGUCGAAACCGGCACGCCGAAGCUCUACAACACGGCCACGGUGUGGUCCCCGGCCGGCGAGCUCGUGCAGAAACACCGCAAAGCGCACCUUUUUGACAUUGCCCUCCCCGCCGUGACCUUCAAGGAGAGCGCGGCGUUCGACCCGGGCCAAAGCCUGUGUACGUUCCAGACGCCAUGGGGCAAGUUUGGUCUUGCGAUUUGCUACGAGCUGAGGUUUGCCGAGGUGGCGAUUGCGCUCGCGCGCCAGGACAUCUCGGCCAUCAUCUACCCCGCAGCAUUCACCAAGCCCACCGGCGAGCUCCACUGGGAGCUACUGCACCGCGCCCGCGCGCUCGAUAACCAGGUCUACGUGUUCGCUGCGUGUCUGGGGCGGGUCGAGCCGGCCAAGGUGGUCAUGUACGGCCACUCACUCGCUGCGAAUCCCUUGGGCCAGAUCGUCGCGACCGCUGCCGAGGGCGAGGAGAUUGUGUACGCGACGCUGGACCACGACGUCGUCAAGGAUACCCGCGCCGGCAUCCCGCUCGGGACGCAGCGCCGGUUCGACCUGUACGCUGAUAUUGGGGUCGGGGCUGUUAUCAGUGCGGCGUGA